UGCCCUCAAAGAAGCCAGUACAUUCUAGGCUUUAUCGCCGCUUCCUGCUUUGUGGCUGUCAUUGAUUCUGGUCCAGGGCCUGUCCCGUAUUACACCGCACCUCUAGCCAUGUGAUACCCGGAGCCGGUCUGCCCGGUGAUGUCUGACCCGCUGGCUGCAGUGCUGGGUGGGUGCCCUCAGCCUCCUGUGCUGGCUUCUAGCUCCUGGCACUGCCAGGCUGAGCUGGCCUCCGUGCUGAAGUUGUCUGGAGCUGACCUUCCUGCCCAGGACGAGGAGGAGCCCUCCAGGGAGCACUGUGUACUUCUGGAGCAGCCGUCCCCCCCUGAAGUAGACCCGGCAUGCACCCUGUCUUUACAGUGCGCAGCUCAAGGGAAGGAUCACAUACUGAGUGUCACAAUCUGCAGUGAAGCAAGGACCAUCGAGGUUUAUGGAGGGUCCCAAGAUGGACAAGAAGAGGAGUACUUGGGAACUGGCCGAGGAGAGAGAUUCUGUACCUUGGCCUGCGAUGGAGAAGACAGUCCUGUCAUUUUGUACAAAACUCACCUGAAGUUCCAGUUCCCGGUGCCAUCGUGUACUGUCAAGCUGCUGUCACUUGGUGGACGGUGCCGUGUCCUGCUGAGUGAGAUUUCAGUGCAAAUGACCUCCGUCCCUGAAAGAUGGCGUCAAGUGCCCUGCGUUCCAGGGCCGUCCAUUAAUCUAGACCGUGUGCAGAGUAUUAUGGACAGCAUGGGUGGGAAAAUGUCACCUGGAGCAGAGCAACUCAUGAGCAUGGUGCGUGCUCAGCAGAAGCAUCAGGCACCUUUUGGAGCUCACUUCAUGCAGCUCUUUGGAAGCUUUCAGCACGGCAGGCAUCCGACUACAGAGGCGGCCAAACAACAUACGGUUCCUGAGACAAAAACAGAAAAUCGCGGUCCGACAUCCGCCCUUCAUCCCUCAGUUCAACUUGCAAGUCCUGGAAAUGAUGUGAAGUCCAUUAUGCCUUCACUGCUGCAAAGUUUGCUUGGCCCGGCUGCAAGUUCUUCUGGUCCUGACUCUUUGGUGCCUCUCCUGCGCAAUCUUUGUGGAGAAAACCAACAAGAACCCUACUUAGCCUCAAAAGCGGAAAAGACUGAUUCCUCAUUGGAGAAGCUUCUGUCUGGCCACAUGGAGCGAAUGGAGAGGACACUUCUGACGCAUAUUGAUGAGAGGAUGAGGAGUUUACAGGAGCACCUGGACACUAGGCUAGACCAGCUAAUACAUCUAAUGCCGGGCAAUUCUGUAUCCGAAAACUCUGCCGAGAAACUGGUCAAUGGCCAAUGUGAGCACGGGCGGCAGCCAGAUCAGGACUGUGGCCAAUGAUCCUUGCAUUAGUCAUGGGACCUGCCCAGCAUCAUCCUGGACCCGUUACAUAAACACGUUAAUGGUCGGUAAGGGUUCUGCAGUCAAUUUAAAGAGGUAUUCCGGUUUGCACUUAUUUAUUUAGCGAUUAGGACAUUGAACCCUUUUCUAAUAUAUAUUUAUUUAAAAUUUUGCUUGCAGACCUUUAUUAUAUCCACACAACAGCCUCUCCACAGAGAAAACCAAAAUGGUACGGCCCAUUUUCGCCCUGUAAAAUGCAUCCGUAGGAGAGCUGGAUAGAACUCGACAUGGCGUCAGUCUUGUGACCCUCAUGUGUCGUGUGACCUGGCUUUGAGUUAAAGGGAUUAUCCAAGACUAUAAAAUGCCCCCUAUAUGCUGGGCCCCUCACAAUGAAUAUACUUACCUGGCUCCCCGCUCCCUGGGCAGCUCCUGGUCCCCUGCUGUUAGAUACCUGGACAGUUAAAGGGGUUAUCCAAGACUAUAAAAUGCCCCUCACAAUGAAUAUACUUACCUGGCUCCCCGCUCCCUACACCGCCGCUGCUCCUCCCAGUGCGUGGACGAAAACACCAGUGCGUGGACGAAAACAUCCGAUGUCGGGGGGAGGGGGAGGGGGGGGGGGGGAGAGCCAAUGGCAGGUGGUGACGGGGAGGAGCCUUCCUAGGUUUGCGGGUGACGCUAUGGAGGCUCGUCCCCAUCACCGCCUGCCAUUGGCUCUCCCCCUUUCCGCGACACCGGAUGUUUUCUUCCGCAUACGGGGAGAAGCAGCAGCGGUGCAGGGAGUCAGGUAAGUAUAUUCAUUGUGAGGAGCCCCGCAUAUACUGACUACUAGUGUAUUGGGGACCAAAACAUGUGCAGUAUAUACAGUAUGUAGAGUUGUACUACUACCUGCAGCAGCAUCUGUUCAGGUCUGUGUGGAAGCAGAUUAUUAUUAUUAUUAUUAUUUUUUUUAACACAUCUUUCUUUACAUCAUGACAACAUCACCUAGAUACAGGCAGCCAUUUUACAAAUCGCCUAGCAACCGGUAGCCAUGUAAAUAGACAGUGAUGUAGUUACAAUAAAACCAUGAUUCCAGCCCUAGUCCUAUUUAGUUAUCACGUGUAUGCGUCCUGUGUGCUGACCCAGCACAUGUAUGUCAUGUAACACUGCUGCUUUCUGAAUGUCAGGGGGUUACAUAAUGUGAAGAGUGUCACAUGACUGGCACCAUGAUUCGUUUAGGCAUGAAUACAUUACACAGGACUGAUACGUGAGUACACCAUUAUACUACAUAUAGGGGUUAACUGUCUGACAUAAGACGUUUUAAGUACAUGUAUAUUAGAAAAUGGUAUUAUUUGCUAUUUUAUAAACAAAAAAAAAACUGGAAUACCCCUUUAAUGGUGGAGACUUAAAAGGAAUGGUGUACACCAAGGUAGUAAUGAAUGCAGAAGAAAUUUCACCUGACAGCUCUCAAUGGGAUGUUAAAGGCAAUAUCCAACGUCACAAACCAUCUUUUUGUUUUCUCAAUUUGUAUAAAAUGAGAAAUGAAGUAACGUAGCGGUAGGUGUUUAAUUAGAAAUCGCGUUCUGUUUCUACAGCUCCUAUGUAACCGACGGAAAACCUACUGGGGGUCAUUUUUCAAGCUGGUGUAAAGUAGAACUGGCUUAGUCGCCCAUAGCAACCAAUCAGAUUCCACCUUUCAUUUUCCAAAGGAGCUGUCAAAAAUGAAAGGAGGAAUCUGAUUGGUUGUUAUGGACAACUCAGUCUUUUCUGCUUUACACCAGUUUGAAAAAUGACCCCAACUGUGUGUAGUGUGACCCGCAGUCAUGUUCUCCUAUUCUACCGAUUGUACAAAGUAGGGAAAUCUGCUGGAUCGGACUGCGCAGGGUGUUUAUUUCAGUCCAAAACUGCAUUUUCAGGUUCUGAUUUUCUUGUGUGGACCCAUGCCAGAAAACUUGCCGAAAACACUCAAGACUCCUUGGACAUGUAUGGAGCUGUUCUUUUAUGCUUCCCAUUCAAAGGGAAAUUCAGCGCAGAUUUGGCGCCAAGACAGGGCCAUACCGCUUCUGCUCCACGUGGAAAAAAAAAAGAAGCAAGUGCUGUUUCUUAUUGAAAUGAAUAGGAGGCUGUUUGGAGCUGAUUUUGAGGCGGAAAUGCUCCAAAAUUAGCGCCAAAUGCUCGGUGGGAAUUGGCCCUUACCAUGGAGAGGCCUGGUUUGCACAGAUGCUGUAAAAACAAACCGGUUGCAAAUUUCAGAUUAACAAAUAUUGCAAAUUUGCUUAAUUUUCAUAGUAAAUUUAUCGGGACAAGAAAUUGGUUGGGAAGGUGGACGCAGCCUUUAUCUUCUCGAUGGCAUUCAUCUCCCUCUAACUGUUCACCUGUGGAUUCUCCAUUGCUGCUUUGAACAUCUGGUGUUUAUUGGUGGAGAUGUAUUCUCAUAGGUGCUGCUCAUCUGUUUCAUACUGUACUAUAUCAGUAAAAGGGUAUUCCAAGAUGUCCUCAGGAUAGGUCAUCAGUAUCUGAUCGGGGGGAGUCCGACACGCGGGACCCCCCCGCCGUACAGCUGUUUUGAAAAGGAGCGCCGCUGCCUACUCCCCACUCGCCAAGCACCGCACCGUACAUUGUAUAGCGGUAGUGCUUAGUAUCCUAGCUCAGCCUUGUUCACAUGUGAUUGAUGAACGUAGGAAAAGCUGCAAGAAGGCCACGGGACUACUGAGAGCACCGCUGCCUUCUCAAACAGCCGAUCGGCGGGGUCCCUGGUGUCAGACCCUCCACCAAUCAGAUACUGAUGAACUAUCCAGAG